AAGGAAGGAGGAUGGGUGAAGUAAACAUGGAGAGGUAGGAAGAAAGAGAAAAAGGAAAUAUUGAAGGUAGGAAGUGAGAACAAAGUAAUUUGAGGAUGGAUCCAUGCUUGUAUUUUUGCAAUCUCGUAAUGGCAUCACCACUUUGGAGCGAGCGGACCCAGAGAAACUUACAACGCAGCCAGCUUUCUUGACCGGUUGGAUUGAUCGUCGAGAUCCAUUCCGGUCCAAAGACAUCUUUGUGAUGAAGCGCACGCGCGAUGUCCGCUUGUCACUGCUGAUCCUCCUGUCCUCUCUCUCAUCCGUCAGCUCACAAGUCAACCCAGGUGUGUGUCGGUACCCCUUGGGAAUGUCUGGAGGACAGAUUCAGGAUGAGGACAUCUCCGCCUCCAGCCAAUGGUCCGAAUCCACCGCUGCUCGAUAUGGCAGAUUGAACUUCGAAGAGGGCGAUGGCGCCUGGUGUCCAGAGAUCACGGUGGAGCCGGACAACCUGAAGGAGUUCCUGCAGAUUGACUUGCGCUCACUCCACUUCAUCACCCUGGUGGGCACCCAGGGUCGCCACGCCGGCGGCAUCGGGAACGAGUUCGCCCAGAUGUACAAGAUCAAGUACAGCCGCGAUGGCAGUCGCUGGAUCUCGUGGAGAAACCGGCAGGGCAAGCAGGUGAUUGAGGGGAACAGGAACGCCUACGACAUCGUGCUGAAAGACCUCGAGCCCCCCGUCGUCGCUCGAUUCGUACGCUUCAUGCCCGUCACAGACCACUCCAUGAAUGUCUGCAUGAGGGUGGAGCUGUACGGCUGCGAAUGGCUGGAUGGUUUGGUGUCAUACAACGCCCCGGCGGGCCAGCAGAUGAAUAUACCUGAGCAUGUCGUCUACCUCAAUGACUCUGUCUACGAUGGAGCCAUCAUCUACAGUAUGACAGAGGGCUUGGGCCAGCUGACGGAUGGCGUGUGCGGACUGGACGACUUCACAGAGAGCCACGUGUACAACGUGUGGCCCGGCUACGACUACGUGGGUUGGAGCAAUCAGAGUUUCCCUGGCGGAUACGUGGAGAUCAUGUUUGAGUUUGACCGCAUACGAAAUUUCACCACAAUGAUGGUUCACUGCAACAACAUGUUCACCUACAACGUUAAGGCCUUCCAGCACGUGGUCUGCUACUUCCGCUCCGAGUCAGACUGGGAGGCCACGCCGCUCGCCUUCAGUCCCUCGGUGGACGACGAGGACCCCAGCGCGCGCUUUGUCCCCGUCCCGUUGGCCAACCAUAUGGCCAGCGCCAUCAAGUGCCAGUUCUACUUUGCAGACGUCUGGCUGUUGUUUAGCGAGAUCACCUUCCAGUCAGACACUGCCAUGUAUAACACAACGCUGACUCCUCCCAAGGCAGGACUUCCACCCAUCAUCCAGCCUGAGGACGACCCAACUCAUAAAGUGGACGACAGCACGACGCGCAUUCUGAUCGGCUGUCUGGUGGCCAUCAUUUUCAUCCUGGUGGCCAUCAUCGUCAUCAUCCUGUGGAGGCAGGUGUGGCAGAAGAUGUUGCAGAAGGUAAGUGGCAUGGCAAAUGAAAUUCAAAUGACGGAGUCAAUUUUGUCAACACAGAGCGAGACCUUCGCCUACAGUCACAACCAGUCGAGCGGCGGCACCAGUGAACAAGAGUCCAGCUCCACCUACGAGCGCAUCUUCCCGCUGGGCCCAGACUACCAGGAGCCCUCACGGCUUAUAUGCAAGCUGCCCGAGUUCGCACAGAACUCCGAGGAACCUGCUUCCAGCAGCACGGUGGCCCAAGACGGUGUGCCUCACUAUGCUGAGGCUGACAUCGUCGCCCUGCAGGGAGUGACCGGCAGCAACAUGUAUGCCAUCCCGGCACUCGCCAUGGACUUGCUCUCCGGGAAGGACAUGGCGGUUGAGGAGUUCCCGAGGAAGCUGCUCACGUUCAAAGAGAAGCUGGGAGAGGGGCAAUUCGGAGAGGUGCACCUAUGCGAGGCAGAGGGAAUUCAGGAGUUUAUGAAUAAAGAAUUUUUAUUUGACGUGCCAGAAGAGGCGACAGUUUUAGUGGCGGUGAAGAUGCUGCGGUCAGAUGCCAGCAAAAAUGCAAGGAACGACUUCUUGAAAGAGAUCAAGAUCAUGUCUCGCCUGAAGGACCCCAACAUCGUUCGCCUGUUGGCCGUGUGCAUCUACAGCGACCCCCUGUGCAUGAUCACAGAAUACAUGGAGAACGGAGACCUCAACCAGUUUUUGUCCCGCCAUGAGCCAGAGGGACAGCUGGCGCUACUCAGCAACGCGGCUACAGUCAGUUUCGGCAACCUGUGCUACAUGGCUGCCCAGAUAGCGUCGGGCAUGAAGUACCUCUCCUCGCUCAACUUUGUGCACCGCGACCUGGCCACGCGCAACUGCCUGGUGGGCAAGAACUUCACCAUCAAAAUUGCCGACUUCGGCAUGAGCAGGAACCUGUACAGUGGCGACUACUACCGCAUCCAAGGCCGAGCGGUGCUGCCCAUCCGCUGGAUGUCCUGGGAGAGCAUUCUACUGGGGAAGUUCACCACAGCGAGCGACAUGUGGGCCUUCGCGGUCACCCUGUGGGAGAUUUUGAACUUCUGCAAGGAGCAGCCCUACUCGCAGCUCACUGACGAGCAAGUCAUUGAAAACACGGGAGAAUUCUUCAGAGAUCAGAAAAGACAGAUCUACCUACCACAGCCUGUGCUGUGCCCGGACUCGCUCUACAAGGUCAUGCUGGACUGCUGGAGGAGGAACGCCAAGGAAAGGCCGUCCUUUCAGGAAAUACACCGAGUCCUCCUGCAAAUACAACCAUAGGCUCACUGCGACGUUUGAGGCAGAUAACGACCGUGUGUGUCUGACGCGAUCCAGGCUUAAGCUACUUGCGGGUGUCACCCCGUGUUAGCGUUUGGAGAACACUGUGCGGCGGACGUACAUGCUACGGCCCGACCAUAGACACUCGUCCACAUAUUCCUAGAACAAAACACAACACAAUGUACGGUUGUGCCACUCCUGUUAAACUGUAGCAAGUGACAUCCUGCACUUUUCAUGUUGUACGUUGAAAUAUGAAGUUGAAAUGUCACAGUUUAAGGUGACCAAAGACUUAUUUUUGUGUGUGUUAUUGUUCGGAAGACUGCUUGAAUGUAGCGGGGCGGGGGACAAUUGCAGCAGAUUUCAAGUGUUUCAUCUCAAGUCUCAUCGUGGAGUAAGAAGGAAACGUCAAUGUCUGUAACGUCUUUCUUCCUUUCUCACUUUGCUGUGUAAAUGACGGUGUUUUUAACGUUUUAACUACCAGUAUUUUGUACUCAUAUUUAUAUCUGUUGAUUUUUGACUGUUUCUGUGUGAUUGAGUUAUUUGUGGAUGAAAAUGCGCCUGUCUUUCAUAUUGGGAGGACUUUCUUGGAUGAGUGAUCCAACCACAAGUGGGUGGAUGGACAAUGCAAGAUGUGUCAGGAAGUAGAGCUGCUGGGAUAGAGGUCUACGCGUUGCCAUGGGAACGGGGGCUGAAAAGUGUGUUACCGGCGCUGAAAAGGGCCGUGCAUGUGUGUUAAAUGUUAAGAUUUUAAUAGGGUUAAGUGGGAGUAGAUAAAGGUUUGUGUGUACAACAUUGUAAACGGAAAUGUCUUUAUACUGUAUGUGUUAACAAACGUUGUACACUUGAUUUGUGAAAUAAAACUUGGAAUUUGAUCCC